AUGCCCUCUCACCAACCGGACACCCACCGCCCAGUUCUUUCACCAGAAGAACCAAGAAAGCUGUUCACACAACAAGUCCCUUCCCUGACGUUUUUACUCUAUAGUGCUCCGUACCCGCUCCGGGUUCCCGCGCCUGGGAUGAACCUCCUUGGUUUACGCGCGUGCCCCUGGCCUUUCACUGCCGCUCGCACCCUUUCCUGCCCGCCACCCGCCAGAACAGGAGCGUUAUUCAGUAAUGCUAAGGAAUAA